AUGAAUGGAAUCGUUCAUCCCUGUUCUCAUCCUGAAGACCGCCCUGCGCCUAGAGACGAGGAGGAGAUGAUGCUAGAGAUCUUUAAGUACACAGACCGAGUCGUUAAUAUGGUUCGACCCCGCAAGGUGCUUGUCAUUGCCGUCGGUAUGUUUGCUCCCAUGAACCAGCAGCGAUCACGGAGAUUCCGCUCGGCUCAAGAAGCUAAAGAAAAGGAAGCAGCCAAAGCAGAACUUCGAACCCUUCUCCAGCAACAAGGCAGCGAUACCGCGAUUACAUCUUCAGAGGACGCUGUGAAAAAGGCCUUCGAUUCGAACUCAAUCACGCCUGGCACACCAUUCAUGGAUAUCCUCGCUACCAGUCUUCGUUACUGGUGUGCAUACAAGCUCAACACAGAUGCAGCCUGGGCGAAUCUAAAAGUCAUAAUCUCCGACGCCACAGUACCGGGCGAGGGCGAGCACAAGAUUAUGGACUUCGUGCGGUCUCAGAGAGCAUACCUUAACCGCAAUAUGGAGGGACAACCUACCGUAUAUGGGGGCUAUGUCACGCGGGAUGGUCAUAUUGACCUCGGCCGUGCCCAGGUCAUCAUGGACGGUCUCGCAAAACAAGAAGAUGCCAUCUUUAAGCGGAGGAAGCAACAAGAAGAUAGGCACGCUGCAUUCGAGGAGCCGUCUCCCACCACUCCGAACAUAGGAUCAAUCGAUACCGGCUCGCGACCCGUGCCCCCUCCUCUCGAGGGCCCAGUGGAUACUGUGCGGCUCUGGGAAGAGGGAUACGCAGACCGGUACUACGAGCAAAAAUUUCAAGCUAGUCCUCGCGAUGUAGCCUUCCGGAACAAAGUCGCCCAGGCAUACGUUGAGGGACUUUCGUGGGUUCUUUUAUACUAUUUCCAGGGUUGUCCCUCAUGGGAUUGCGAGAUCAUUGACUUCUAUCCCGAAGAGUUUGAAAUCGACUUGAAUGGAAAGAAAAUGGCGUGGCAAGGCGUAGCACUGCUACCCUUCAUUGAAAUGCCUAGACUUCUGACUGCUGUUGAGCAGAGAUAUCCCCUGCUAAGUCCCGAGGACGCAGACCGUAACAAACUUGGCAAGGUCGUUCUCCUUCUCUCCGAUGCAAACUCUAGCCUAUACAGCGACAUCACAAGCAGAGUCGAGAAACUGGACGAUUACCUCCCGCAUGGCUGUCUCGAAUACCCAUUGCAACGCAAGGCAAUGCCGAGCCUCGAAUAUGAUCGCUCACUAGUUGUCGGAUAUGAGUUAUCGCACUCCGCGCAGAGUCAUAAAUCUAUGCUACUACGCGGGGUCGAAAUGCCUAAACCUUACCUUAAUCGUGGUGAUAUUGAAACCCUCAAAGGACACUCGACACCGCUGGACGCAGCUACGGAGGUGCCCCGUUAG